ACAACGUGCUUGGCAUCAUCAAUCAGAUCAUGGAUGAGUGUAUUCCAGAGGACCGGGCCAACAGAGAUUUCUGCGUCAAGUUUCCCGAGGAGAUCAGACACGACAACCUGGCAGGACAACUGUGGUUUGGGGCCGAGGUGCUGCAAUCAGUACAUGAGCAGUACUUGACCUAGACUGAUGCUGAGUCUGCUGCCAGUACUUGAGCAGCAUGUAACCUAGACUGGGGCCACAUUAGCCACCAGCACGUACACCAGAGGUAUAAAAACGGCUGUUUUUACCUUAGCUAGCUAGCCGGAAGGCUACAGCAGGAAUCCCAGAAUAGCUGUGCUUCGAUAAGCUGAUAAUUUCAAAAUCAAAGUCUUCUGAAAAUUACUACAAAGGUUCCUUUAUGCUACCUGAGUAUAUUAAAUACUGCUUUUUUUGGAAACAAAAACUAAAAAAAAAAAAAAAAAAAUUGCAAAAGCGUGAAAGGUUUUUACCGUAUUAUCAUGGAUGUCAGGUUCCCAUUGACACCUGCUUGCCUUGUUGGUAUGUUUUGACUUAAAAUCUAGCUUUUGGGAUCAUGAUGCACCAUGAUGUGAGUGCUGCCUGUAGUCGGUUUCUGCUGGGGACCGAGCUUGAUGCUGCAGGGUAUCUGUGUCAGUAACACAGCUCUGCGUGUAACAUGAUAAAGCUUAGAUAUGGUGCGGAUGGCUGGCUGUGUUACCUCUUUGUACCUACUGGACCAAAUGGGUUGAAGGGAUUCCAGAAAGAUCAUGAUCGAAAUACUUAACGUGACUCAGCAUGCAAACAAGUAUAAUGCGAUUUUCUUUUGGUGAAAACAAUCGGAUAAGCAAUUUAAUUCUCACACGUACCCUGGGGUCAAAUUGACCCCAGAAAAGGCACAUACUGUAUCAGGUUGACUUCUCAUACUAGCAUAAUUAUUUCUAGGAGCAUGUAAGAGUUAAAGCAAUACUGCUUGCUGUCCUGGGUCUUCAGUAUGCCUUGAAGUGUCUAAGCUCAAACAGAGCCACCUUGUGGUAUACUGUAGUAGUGCCCACAGCAAGGUGCAGGGUGUGUUGAAGGUCAGGAUUUUCGCUAAAGUGUUUAAUCUCCCCCUCACUCAUCUCAAAGUCCUAUAGGGCCGAGGUAGCAGUGGACCUCAGCCUUUCCGCAAAUGUGCAAAGUGCCAAGCCGCUCCGUUCUCAGCACCAAGUGCCGACGACAGUCCUGUGCAACGAAGGAAGGAGACUUCCCUCUAAAAGUGCAGUUAGCAGGCCUAAUGCCGCAUUUGCUGGUGGGCUCCUGCGUGAUGAUUUGCAUUUCUGCAGCUAGUCUCUGUCAACCGCAACCUACUAAUCAGCGGCGUCAGAGAGUCUUCAGGCUUUGCGCUUGUUUUAAUAGCUGAUGCUUGCUACUCUGUUUUUAAGCUAAUCCCCGAAAUGGAGCAGAUAUAAAAUGCCACCUCAACUUCUGAUUGAUACUAAAUAACUUGCAUAGAUUUUUUCUUUCUUUCUUAUAGCUUCAAAAUGAGUGGGAUCAUUUUGUAUAUAUAGUGUAAUACUCCACUGGUUCUGCUUUGUUUUAAUUUUUAACUUAAUAUAAUCCAUUAUACAUCUGAUUUGCUUACAUCUGACAGAUGGCACCUGCUACCUUUUUGGUUAAUUAAUAAGCAAGAUUUUUUAAUGCUGUGUGUUGGGAGAAUCUUAUUCCAGUUUCAUUUUCAUAAUUCUUUUUUAUAUGCAGGCUUGUGUCUCGGGUCACUGACGUCUUGCUUUACUGCCAGAGACACAGAGAAGCACAGGCUGCCACCUCAAACACGUGCUGGUUGCUUUACCUGAUACACGUAACUGCUGUUGCCGGCAACCAGGUUCAUUAACACUGUUAUCUUAAGCGGGAAUCUUUUCCUGGCUACUUCUCUGCCGCCUUUUGGCUGUUAGACCUGGUGUUUGAGCUGACAUGAGUGUUUCGUUUGGGGGGCUUCGCCUUGAAGGUGGGUCGUGUUGACAGGCAGGAUGUAGCCUGACUAUUAAGCGCUUGCAACGCCCCCCCCCCCCAUCACCGUCAGCUUAAAGCCCAACGGUGAGCUUCCUGUCCAGGCAUCAGCAGUCCUUCCGAUGUUUACAGUCACGCAGCAGGACCCCUGAGAUCUGGGCACAGGUCCUGUCCUGAAGGCCAGCGAGCUUUGCCUGGCUGCCGGUUCCAUCAUCAUGAACCGCGAGGUGGAGAGCAUGGCCAUGCGGCCGCUGGCCAAGGAGCUGACGCACAGCCUGGAGGAGGUGCGCAACAUCAUCCGGGACCAGGCGCUGCGCGACCUCAACCUCUACACUGACCGCAUGUGCGAUGCUCUGCGCCACUUCGACAGCCUCUUCGCCGAGUUCGAGCUCAGCUACGUGUCGGCCAUGGUGCCUGUGAAGUCCCCCAAGGAGUACUACGUCCAGCAGGAGGUGAUCGUGCUCUUCUGUGAGACAGUGGAGAGGGCGCUGAAGCAGGGCUACCUCACGCAGGAUAUGAUCGACGACUACGAACCCGCCCUCAUGUUCACCAUCCCCAGACUGGCAAUCGUCUGUGGCCUGGUGGUGUACUCUGAGGGACCCAUCGACCUGAGCCGCAAGCCCGAGGACAUGUCCGAGCUCUUCCAGCCCUUCCGCUCCCUGUUGAGAAAGAUCCGGGACCUCCUGCAGACCCUGACUGAGGAGGAGCUUCAGACCUUGGAGCGAAGUCUCUGCGUCUCCCAGGAAGAGGGAGUCGUCCCCCCCAGCCCCGCUGCCAUUUUGCCCUCCGACACCCCCCCCAGAGCCUCCGGAGAGCCCCCGCAGCCUCAGGACAAAGAGAAGGCGGGGGGGCCGUGCCCACAAGGGGCUGAGGAAGACGACGAUGACUGGCUGACGCUGGUCCUGGGAGACGACCUGGACGGGGACCUGGCCUGCUCCAUGCAGUAUGAUGAGCAGGAGCUGCAGGAGCUCAACAUGAUGGUGCAUCGCGUGGGUGAUGAGAUGUCCACCCUGCUGUCACCCCCCAGCCAGACACCCUCCCCCGCUCACUCCAGCAGGGCCGUCCCAAACUCCAGCGCCGAGAGCUCACCAUGCCGAGGGCCCGGUUCUGGUUGGAGGAUGGGGUCAGCGGGCCCCGAUCAGGACGAGGAUGGACGUGUGUUCUUCAUGGAUGACCUGGACGGGGCGGGGGAGGCGCUGGCGGGGGCGGAGCAGUCGUGCCGUGCCUCCUGUGGGGGCGACCCCCGAGUGCCACGGACUGGGCCCCCGCCUGCUUCCCUGCAGAACGGCUGGUCAAAAGAGCGUGUGGUGGAGGCCCUCCAGUGCGCUAGCAGCUCCCGGGGCCCUGCCCGCAAACCCUGUGCAUCCGGGAGCACGGACCCCCCCACCUACGUCGGGAGCUGGGACGCGAGCACGGAUGAUGCCGAGACUGCGGAGCUGAUCGCCCACCGCACCGGGGGCAUGAAGCUGUCCUCCACGGUCAUCUUCAACCCCCGUUGCCCCGGGCUGGCCGGGCAGGCUGGCGAGGAGGCUGCUGACAAGCUGCUGGCACUGGACGGGGAGCACUGCCCCGGCUUGGCAGCUCACAACAAGCUGGGAGGCCUGGUGACCACGCACUGCCUGCUCAACUCCUGCGUGUGCUGCGGCAGCUGCGAGGACCCCGGCGAGCCCGGCCUCGAUAAGGGGCGCCACGUGCCCCCCAGCCCCGUAGUGCAUGCCUCCGGCUGCCUGGCACCCAGCAAGGAUCUUCCCGGGAAGGGCGGUAGCCCAGGCUGCUCAUCCCGCAGUGCCCCCCUGUGUACGGAGGGCCUGGGCCCCCCGGGCUCCUGUGAGAAGUGCCUGAAUUCGGCCGCUGGGCCAGCGGUACCUGACUUACACGGGGGAAGCCCCAGCUACCCAAAGAGAACUGAGAGGCAAAGGCAGGAGAGAAGAGUGGAGAUGGGGAAGGCGGGGCCUGGAAGGGUGGGGGCUGAGAGGGCGGGGCCUGGAAGACCCACGGUGGAGGUGGAGGGCAGGACUAGCACAAGAGCCCGGUCCAGCUCCGAAGGCUCCCAGCCGAGCUCGCUGUGCAGCAGCGACGGGGAAAGUGCGUCCGUCACCACGUGCAGCCUGGCCAGCGCGUAUGCACACAGCUCACUCAGGAGCCUGACCCCAAACUCUGCUGCGUCCGAGGACUUGGAGGACCACGAGAUCCAGCUGGCCUUGCAGGCUGCCAAGAUGGCUGCCCGGGACCGGAUCCGUUCCCGUUUCCAUAGCAGCAGUGACCUUAUUCAUCGCCUCUUUGUCUGCAUCUCAGGUGUCGCCGACCAGCUGCAAAGCAACUAUGCCAGCGACCUGCGGAGCAUCUUGAAGACGCUGUUUGAAGUCAUGGCAACGAAGCCGGAGCUGGAGGACAAGGACAAAUCAAAGAAAGCUCCCGGUCUACGCAGUGCCGUUCUGGACGAUUGUGCCUUGUGUCAAGAGACCGUUUCCUCUGCCGAGCUGGCGGCCAAGGCUCGAGAGGGUCAGUUUGAGGAUCUACCAGACUGGGUCCCAGACGAAGCCUGCAGCUACUGCACCACCUGCAAAGCUCCCUUCACAGUGAUCCGCAGGAAGCACCACUGCAGGAGCUGCGGAAAGGUAACAUGCACACACACACAUAUACCGCACACACCACUGCAGGAGCUGCAGAACGGUAACGUGCACACACACACACAUACACCACUGCAGGAGCUGCGGAAAGAUCUUCUGCUCCCGCUGCUCCUCCCACUCGGCCCCCCUCCCUCGCUACGGUCAGAUGAAGCCUGUACGCGUCUGCACGCACUGCUACAUGUUCCACGUCACGCCUUUCUACAGCGACAGGACAGGAGUCUGACUGAGGUCGGACGGCAGCCCUCUGGGAGACCGUAGCAUCCAGAGCGCACUUCCUGGGAAUGAAAAGAAUAAUCGGAAGUGAAAGGAAAACGUGUUCUGGAUGAAAACUAAGGCACACCAGGCCCAAAGCCCUCCCCACAAAGCCUGUUCCCAUUCACAUUUUAAAGUGCAGAAUUCUCUUACAGAUUUUUGUCUGUAUGCGUUGAUUUAAACACCGACAGACAUUUCUGACACUGCUACAGUUACCGAUGGGGAUUUCCUCCAAUAUCAGCCUUUAACAACACGUAUCGUCUGAAUGUUAACACUGAGAAUUUCUUGCAGUGGAUCUGUACUUGUCGAGCAGCGAGUGAGUGAUCCGUGGUGAGCAUUGCAGACUGAGCAUGGCCACAGCCUGUGGACCGGCCCCAGCCCCAGAAAUGGCCUGCUGACCCCUUGAAGCACACUGUCUGUGAGCUACUCCUGCUUCAUUUGCCGAAAUGUGUUUCACUCUGCUUGUUUAGGAACUUUGACAGCUGUUUACUCAGAAGGUGGAACGCAGCAAAGGCCACCUACACCGAGAGGGCUGGAGAUGGCUGGAGAUGACCAUCAAACCCCAUUCAGUGUGGGCACCACCCACAACUAAAAUUUGACUUAUUCUGCUUAUAUCCCCCCCCCC